GUCGUCUUACAGUGAUACUAAUUACCAUUACAGAGGCCACCUCCACCGGACACAAUCGCGUUUCUCUCUUUCUUUCUGCAAAUUCAAAACCCAAUCUCAGUCUUUUCCUUUCUCAUUUCGUUCGUUUCUAGAUUGACCUGACGAACGCAGAUCCCAAAUUCCCACCUCGCAAAAUUUCUACUUUUUCUCAUUCCGAGGUCCCAUGACCGAUCCAAUGGCGCUUUGAAUCGCGUGCCUUUCUCCUUCGGUGGGAACAUCUUAUUGCCUUGAAUUCGGUUAUUGGAGCAGUUGGGUCGAUGAGCAACAUGUCACACUAGUUUUCGAAAUCCAAAAGGUCGUUUUCUUGGCUGCCUUGUGUUUGAAGAGAGAAAGGGGUAACACUAGCAAAUGGGGAUGGGUUCGAAGAUGGAAGGACCAUCUACCCCAGCAAUUCGACGUGACCCAUAUGAGGUUUUAUCCGUGUCGCGGGACUCCACCGAUCAAGAAAUAAAAACGGCUUAUAGAAAGCUUGCCCUUAAGUAUCACCCUGACAAGAAUGCCAGCAAUCCUGAAGCUUCAGAGCUAUUUAAAGAGGUUGCAUAUUCUUAUAGUAUCUUGUCUGACCCAGAAAAGAGAAGGCAGUAUGACAGCGCUGGAUUUGAGGCACUUGAUGCUGACAGCAUGGACAUGGAAAUUGAUCUGUCUAAUCUUGGGACUGUGAACACGAUGUUUGCAGCUUUAUUCAGCAAAUUGGGUGUCCCUAUCAAGACUACCAUUUCAGCUAAUGUUCUUGAAGAAGCUCUGAAUGGAACAGUUACAGUCAGACCACUUCCAAUAGGAACAUCAGUUAGUGGAAAGGUAGAAAAGCAAUGUGCUCAUUUUUUCGGUGUGACAAUAAAUGAGCAGCAAGCUGAGUCAGGCAUUGUAAUAAGAGUUACUUCAACUGCACAAAGCAAAUUCAAGUUACUUUACUUUGAACAAGACGCAAAUGGUGGCUAUGGUUUGGCAUUACAGGAAGAUAGUGAGAAGACUGGCAAGGCGACAUCUGCAGGAAUGUAUUUCUUACAUUUUCAAGUGUAUAGAAUGGAUUCAACGGUGAAUGCGUUAGCGAUGGCCAAGGAUCCUGAAGGGGCUUUCUUUAAGAGGUUGGAAGGUCUUCAACCUUGUGAAGUCUCGGAACUAAGGCCUGGCACUCAUAUAUUUGCUGUUUAUGGAGAUAACUUCUUUAAGACUGCUAGCUAUACGAUUGAGGCUGUAUGUGCAAAAUCAUAUGAAGAUACCACCCAAAAACUUAAGGACAUUGAGGCCCAAAUUUUAAGAAAAAGGAAUGAACUCCGUCAAUUUGAAUCAGAAUAUAGAAAGGCUUUGGCACGCUAUCAGGAAGUGACAGACAGAUACACUAAAGAAAAACAAUCUGUGGACGAGCUUCUGAAACAAAGGGACAGUAUCCAUUCUUCCUUCACCAUUGUGAAGUCAACCAGUAUCAGUGCAAGUGGUAGUAAUUUAAGCAAUGGAAGUUCUAGCAGAAUAUCUGGUGAAGAUUCCAAAGUUGAGAGCCCUGGGGAAGAUGGAGGGUCAGAUGGCAAGGAUAAAUCAGGCAAAAAGAAAUGGUUUAACCUUAAUCUUAAAGGUUCUGAUAAGAGAUUGAUUUAAAAUACACUUGGAUUUUGCAUGUCUCUAUUAUUCAGCUUGAGUGUCAGUCGUGGCAUCAAACUUAUAGCAGCAGCCUGCGGAUAUUUGGAUUGCAGUUUAUGUCUGGAACACUUUCGUUUGCUUGCAUGGUUACACCUUGCUGUAAACUGGUUGGUUAAUUGUUCAUUGGUAUGUGAUGAAUUCAAAGGUAUACAGUAUAUGUCUCUUACUGUUUCCGAUAUUUUUGGACUCCAACAAACCAAGACUCGCAUCAUCCAAUUACCUUGUAGCAUCCUGAACAUUUAUAAAUUUUUUAUAUUGUAAUUUUUAAUGAUAUAUUCAUUCUUGUAACGGUUUCUUUCUUUUUCCUUGCUCUUUAUAUUCUGAUACAGCAGGCUCUUUGAACAAGAUAAAUAAAUUGUGUAGAUAUGACUUAGUUUCAUAUUUUAAAGACUUAACUACAUUUUUAGUGCCU